AUGGAAUUCUUGGUGUUUAGUAACCUUUUAAAAGAUUCAAAGAACGAUGCUUUGUUCUUUGGUAAAAAACCAUACAAGAAACAAUAUGAUCCAUUGUUGUACACUCCUCCCAUCAAUUCAAAGAGUAUGAAUUCAAUUUUAUCUACCUCAUCCAUUGGAGUCUCUAUACGUCAAGAGUCUGGUUGUUUAUUAAGAUAA